AUACCGUUUGGCCAUACUGUACUGGAGUGCCUGUGAGUCAUUCCUGGCGGUUCCAGCGAAUAGAAAAGAAGGUCAUUGUAGUCACUGGGUUGAGAACCAGUCUUCGAAGUCAAGCUGCUCGGCCAAUUGGAUCCAUGCAAGCUGUACCAGCAAACCUCUGCAAAAGAUACCACUGUGCAACUUCCACUCUUUGACACCCGUCACCUGCCAAAGCAUUCUCACAAUUUGUAUCUUCACAAAUCACAAAACACCACCAAAGACCUCUUCUUGGUUCUUGAUCUGCUUCUCUAAAUCAACACAAACAAACACAAACACCACCAUGAGCGAAGAACCAGCCCUCGACAAGUCCAAGAUCAUGGCCGAUAAUGGCUGGGACAAGGGCUUUGUCUACUUUGGUCAUCCCGCCACCGAAACCACAGUCAAAGUGGUGACUGCGGUCCAAUUCUUGACGACCCAAGACAACUUUCCGUUUAAAAAGGAAGACGGAACGCUCAAGCAUGUGAUCCUCAACUUUGAUGACAAACCCAUUGCCAAAGAUGACGAAAAGAAUGAAGUGAGUCUCGGAAUUGAUAGUGCCGAAUAUAAGUGUGUUUCGGGCGGCCGUACAUUCAUGCCUGCCGUGGCCAUUGACGGAGAAAUGUUUUUUGAAUCGGGAGAAAUUGUCAAAAUGCUGCACGAAAAAUACCCCGACUCCACUUUGACGCCCGAGGAGAAGAAACAAGUCGAUGAGUGGAUCCAGUUCAACAUUGACAACACCAAUCGCAUGCUGGUCGCACUCAAGCAUUUUGGAUGGUGCUUCAUGCAGGGAGCUCGACCCAACUACGUGGCGUAUGGCAAGGGAAACAAGGACGAUGCGUGGGAAAAGGAACUUGUCAAGGAUGUACAUGUCUUUUUUGAAAAAAUGGACAAGCAUUUUGUCGACAAGAAGGAACCGGCAUUCUUCGUGGGAGAUAAACUCACCAUGGCCGACUGUGUCAUGAUCAAUUGGCCGUGGUCCUUUCAUCUCAUUGUCGAACUCAAAAUCGAGGAACGAUACCCCAAUGUCUGGAAACAUUUCAAUGCAUUGAAGGACAAGGCCAUUGCCGGAUCCGACGCCCACUACAACGUCUUUCCAUACUUUGCCAAUGUUGUUACGGAUCUUGCCAAGGAGGCCCGAGCAGAGGGAUUCCAUAUUGAAAAUGAAAAGCACUGGUAGACGACACCGUCAAGAGCGAAGAACAAGACUGCUGGCUUCUUUCCAUGGUGAACGUUUUUUAAUGGCAAGUAGAGCAAGUGGAUCCUUGUCUAGCUAUAUGUAGAGGUGAAAGAAUAUGUUGUCAUCGUGUAGCUAGAUUGGUCCCUUUGCCGGUAUCUCUUCUUAGCCCACUUUGCCGUGCCGCCGUGCCCUUCCGUACGGUACCACGCAAUGCCAACAAGUCUUCGCAUGCCAUUGAAUAGGUUACUUUCUGGCUACGGAGCCAGAUACCUGGGCGUGUGCUGUCUCUUGUUUCCAUGCUUUUGUCCCAUCGACCAAUGCCUUGGCACAACGUUGCACCCCUACCCCUACCGGUACCGGUACCACUUCCGCUACGACUCUUUUGACCGAUAAAAGCGACGACCGCCCUCCAACGGCACCAUCUCUCGCUACAGGACACUUUCUGUUUAGCAGCGACGAGGGCUUCAACCAAGUGAUUCUAUUUCCAAGCCGUAGCCAAAUACGCAAUCUCAAAGGUUGGGUAACUUCUGUUUUCUUCUUUAAUUCUCUCUAAUCUUAUGUACUUCUUCUAAAACGGUUGCAUGAGUACAAAAGGCAACCAAACUGGAGCGGCAUUCUUUUUAAACAGAAAAUGGUGUACUUCACCACUUUCACCUUUCGCCAGCUUUCCUUUACAUCCAAUCUAAUGAGCUAAAUCUUGGGGGUGUUGCUGCCACCUUACUUUGCAGCCGCUGUAACAACACCAAGGAUAACUUCGAUGGUGGCACCUGGGCCCAUGGCAAUCAGUGUAACCACAUCACCAGUCUUGAGCACAUCCAAAUCCUCCUGUGCCUCCGCCAACAGACGCUGGAGGCUGACCAAAAAGGAACCAGAAGAGAUGUUUCCAUAGUCACGGAGAACCGACUUGGUGUGACGAAGGUCAUGCUCUUGAUCAAGACCAAGAUUCUUGGCAACCAGCUGCAUCACACUCUUGCCUCCUCCAUGGACCACCCACUGCCCAACAUCUGCUGGCUUGAGGCCAUGGCGUUCCAAAAGUUUCCUGACUGGAAUCUCAACUGAAUUGCCGACUGCAGCUGGGAUGCGCUUGGUCAACUUGAAAAAGGGUAGUUCGCUGUUAUCAUCCAUGUUGUAACUCAUGUCCUCAAAGUAUUCGGGAAUGGUAAUACUUUCAAAAUCGAGAAGAGAAAUCUUGGGUGUGGCUGGUUUGCCUACAGGGGAAACCACCGAAUUGGGGCUUCCGGGCACAGCAAAGCUUGACCCCAUUGGACUGGCAGCAAGGAUGGAUGCAACAGCACCAUCACCAAAAAGACUGUUGACAACUCCGUCUCCAAUAUUGCCCUCCCUAUUCACAAAGUAUGCAGAGUUCACCUCACAGCAAAGAAGCAGAGCCUUGCAUUGCUUUCCACGGAUGGAGGCCAUGUGGCCUAACUGGGUGGCAAUAGCACGAAGUCCAGAAGCACCUCCAUUGCAGCCCAUGCCAACAAUAUCACUUCGCAAGACAUCUCCUCGAAAGGGGAGUUUCCGGAUCAAGAUGCCUGAGACUCCAGGCAAGGCAAGACCUGUGCUGGUUACUGUGACUAGCAUAUCAAUGUCCUUAAUGUCUGUUUUGGUGCUGGAAAGGGCAGCCUCCACAGCCUUCACACCAAUAUCAUCAAGCCCCUUCAUGAAAGUUGCAUUUCGUUGUGUUGCAGUGGGCUGUCUGGGCUGGUCACCUCCAAUGGCAGGGGGGAGAUACAAGUGCCUUUUCUGAAUGUGAGGAGCACUCAACAACUUCCAAGUAACUGGGUCCUUGAUGUCAAGAAUCUUGCCCACUUCCAGUUGAGAGUAUGAUGUCUCAGGGAAAGCUGUGGCUGGGCUCCCAACCAUGUCCACUGCAAAUGAAAGGUUGGGAGAAAAGCCAAGGGAAUGCUUGGCGGUAUUAGCACUCAAAGCCUUCUCCAAAAACUCACUUGUAAUUGACGGAAGAAUGGUCUUGAAGAGCUUUUGCUCCGGGAUUUGCAAGAUCUCUGGCCUCUCUGGGUGGACAUGCUGUUGAUCAUCAUGGAUGGAGAUGAAUUGUUUGACCUGUGUUUUCAUCAUCUUGACAGUUGAAAGCUUGUGCUGUGUGCGUGCGAUUGGCAGAAUGAUGCUUUAAGAUUGCUUGUGGUUUGUUUUUGUGAGCGUUGAUGAAACUCAUCGCAGCUUCUUCGGAUUUGCAAACACACAAUACUGGCUCCUUGUCUUGGGCAAGAUACAUGCAAAGCGGCGGGAGCUGAACCAAAAGCAUAGUCUGGAAAGAGAAAACGACGAUUUCACCGAAGGCAAACAUUAGCUCGAGCGACAUGAAGCAGAGGAGCGAAGAAAAGGGAAGGGAUACGCUGCUCGAUACCAGCAGAUAGCAAGGUAUACUGUAGUCCGGUUUAGAUCCUGCUACGUGUGGGUUUAUUCAACGAGGUGUCGCUGUAAAACAAACCGCGACUGGACAUAGCUGCUUUCACGGACUGUGACUGGGUGACUAGUACUCUCAAACCGAUAGUCAACUUCACGUCGAUCGUCACUGAUCAAACGGGCUUUGGCGGGGACAAGACAAAGUCGUCGUCCCAAAAUUGCUCGAGCAAGACGACCAACGCAAACGCCAUGGUCGGCCUCUCGAACUGCGUCGAACUGAAUCAUUUUUGCCUGAACAACAAUUGAGUUCCGUACCCGGGUUUUCAUCGUCGAUGUGGGCUCAACUUCUCCGCGUCGAAGAGGAGGUUCAACGCCGCUCCUUUCCCACUAGUUCAUGAGUUGGCGUAAUAUCCAAAGGAUGGGCAAAUGCGUAUCUCCGUCGCGAAGCUUGAUGAUGCCUCAUCUUGCCCAGGCAGAUCAUGCCGGCUAUCUUAUUCAACCGUUAUCUUUCUUGUUGGCUAUCGCAAGACCGGGCUGUUGUCCUUAGUGGACCUAGUGAGCCUUCUUCGAAGCAUCGGUGGAGAGGUUUGACCUUGACGUGAAAUUGCCCGGGGUAAACUACAAGGAUCACGCCAACCUAGUCCCGACCGAAGCCAACAAAUCACAGCUCUUUCUACGAUACUGGUAUCUUCCUCGAGUCUAGUACACUUGAGACGUCACCAAGCCCAAAACACCCCUUCGAUCCUACAUGUCACGUAACAAUUCAUUUCAACGCAUGGAGGACACAACAAGGUGGCCCCAUCAUACCGAUACGAAGGGCAACAUAAAGUCGGAGGGAACUCUUGUUUCAUUGCGAAACCCAGCGCUGCUGCUAAGUUGCCGAAUCUGCUGUACAUGACAACUGUGACGAGAUAUAUCUUGCAAGGGCGAAGGGGAAUUAAGUAGCUGUCUUCUACCUCGUUUUGCUGUGUUGUUACGGGAACGGGCAUCAUUCGGCGGGUCUCACUGCCAAUUAGCUCCUAUCCUGAGAAUUGUCGACGUUCAAAAUCCAGCAUAAUCUGGUGUGGCAUGAUAUUGAUUUGAACCAUCUUGAUAGGUUCCUCUGACCCCUCAGUCUUGCGGACUGUGUAACGAUGCACCAAGUGGGCCAGGACAACUUUGAUUUCUGCUGUUGCCAAGGGAUGACCCACACAAUUACGGGGGCCAAUUGAGAAUGGCAUAUAGCAUGAUUCUGGCUUGCCUGAGACCUGAUUGCCUCUAUCCUCCUUCAAAAAGCGCUCCGGGAUAAACUCAUCAAGGCUUUCGUGAUUCUGACCAUCGCCACGCCCAGUUAGACAAGGGUACACAAAGAGAUUGGUUCCCUUUGGGAUUGAGUAUGUAUGAUCACCCUUGGUCAAUUUAAUGUCCACAAGGUUCCAACGAGCAACCCCAGCAGGAGAGUGAAGCCUUAAGGCUUCCUUUGUAACUGCAUCAAGAUACUCGAGCCUCAUGAUGUCUUUGUAAGCAGGUUGGUGAUCCGGUGAAUCAAACUGGGCAAACAAAGCAUCAACUUCUUUUUGUAACCGAAGCUGGGUAGACUGGUGAGUGGCAAGCUCAUAGAGAGUUUGGGAAAGAACAAUGGCAGAAGUAUCUUGCCCGGCAAACAAGAACAUGCGGACAUUGCCAAGCAACUCUUUCUCUGUCAAGCGGUACCUGUCAUCAUCUUCAUCUUCCAUCAUCAGGUAGGAUAAUAGGUCAUUGAACUCACCCCUACUUAGUUGGCUUGACCUGCUUUGUUGGGCCAGGUUCUCUGGACUAUUGCAUUGCACCGCCUUGCCUUGGUUGUAUUUGGACAUCCGUUCUUCCAAGAUGCUUUGAAUAAUACUGUUUAGCUUGUCUUGGCAUUGCUGGAAUUCCUUGUUUUCUUUGAAGUAAAAUGGAAUAAGAAAGGGUAGGCGUUCAGAACGUUUGGUUAUGAUAAACUGCAGUCGCCUGAACAGUGCAUACAGGGACUGGUGGUUGCUGUUCUUGGUGCCUUUCUUUGUUGCGUCUGAAUCGAGACCACCAAAAGACCGGCUAAAGGCAACAAUGCCUAAGAUUUCAGCUGCUAACCUGGUACACCAUUCACCAGCUUCCAUCGUGAAGGUUGGCUCAUGGGCAGCUGAUGCAGUACCAUCCCAUUGGGGGAAAACUGUUUCAUAAAGCAGCUUAAUAGUGACAGAGUUUGUACGCUCCAACAAACUUUGGUUCAUGCCCAAAGCAGUGAGCUUUCUUUGGUGUUUCCAGCGAGGAGUGUCUUCCAGCAUUUCCAAGAAGCUGUCACCUGCCAAAGCCUUGCAUAGUCCAUAGAUUUCAGCUUCUUUGAUGAUGUCCUUUGAGAUGUUCUUGUCUUUAAGGACUUGCUGCACCAUCUCUGGAUCAGUGAUGAACACCAAGGGCUGGGCAAAAGGCAAGAGCUUGAAAGGGUUUAGUGCCCACAAUCGCAUGAUGCCAUCCUUUUGUGAAAACUGUUUGUGCAGCUGCAUCAGGUUGUCAAAGGACCGAGCGACGCCUGGAUAGCCAGGAAUGGGAUUCUCCCCAGAAAAAUCCACAGCCAGACUCAGGUGGGCAAGCCAUGGGUGGGGUGUGAAAGCAUUGUUCGAUUCUGACAACGAAGGACCCGGCAGUACUUCCACCAUCCGCACAAUUCGCAUCUUCUUAGAGAACCAAUGCACUAGUCCAAGAACCACUGUGGCAAUGAGAAGGGUCAAUAGAAUGAAAUAGGGAGUGUUGGCAUCAAUCGACAGUGUCGUCACGGUCCCAUGACUAUAAUCCACCGAGGAUGUUCCAUCAUUGGCAUCGAUAACUGUUGAAAACAUCGCGACUACCGGUAUCCACAGCAAACCCAUUAUAGCAGUGCAAGCAUGAACCUUCUUGAAAGUAGUGCGGUGUCGGUAACAAAAGAAGCUUCGCCGCUUCGCGGAAAGGGGAGAUCCAUCGACGAAAGAUCUCAAGAAACCGAACAGGUCCGUCCAGAGGUAAGCCAGUAUCAAGCUGUCUAAAUUUUCCGUGGCAGGUUGAGUGAGUCCUGGACAAUUCUCCCGUACAUGUAGUUCACAAAAACUGGGGACUGGGGACCAUCAAUUGCCAUGACUAGCUAGCUAGCUUGCUAGCUAGUAGACUACCAGGUACUAGAUCCUCUCAACACAAACUAAAGUAGAUAGUUAGGCAAAAAAAAUGUUAUACAGGACAUAUAUACCACUUGAUUGCAAAGCCCAAAUACUGAGUUGCACAUUUGGUCUUGGCCACAAACAUGAAGCAGUUCAAUACGGUUUUGUUUUCUACCAGCCACUUGGAGCUGCAAAGUCCCUUGCAUUAACAGUGUCUUCGUUCAAAAUUCAGCAUGAUCUGGUGUGGUUUGACAGUUAUUUGCAUCAUCUUUAUGGGUUCUUCUGACCCCUCAGUUUUGCGGACAGUGUAACGAUGCACCAAGUGGGCCAGGACAA